AUGGACGGAGCUCCUAGAGGUCGUGGCGCGAGAGGGCGCGGUGCUAGAGGUCGUGGCGGCAGAGUUGGCCGUGGCGGCAGAGCUGGUGGUAGAGCUGGAGGCCGAGCAGGCCGAGGUCGUGGUCGUGGACUUCCGGAGGAGUCGGGAGAGAGUGCGGCACCGAGUGUGCAUACUGCGUCGGUGACCCAGUCAGUUCCGUUGGCGGGUGAUGCCAGUGCGAGUGUUGGUUUGGGAGCGGGGGCUGCUCCGGGUGGGGGUGGCGCUCCGGCUCCGGGUCGUGAUGACUUAGUGGUGGGGUUGCUGACGCAGCUGUUGGCUCGUUUUCCGCCGGUGGUUCCACAGGGGGCUCCAGGAGUACCGCCAGUGGCAGAGGUGCAGCAUGUUGCUGCAGGCGUUGCGCAGCCGGAGGCUGUGGAUGCGGUUGGUCCAGAGGAGGCAGACGCGUGGCGUCAGAGAGUGGAGCGGAACUUUCAUUCGAUCCGUUGUCCGAUAGAGUACUGGGUGGAGUUAGCGGUCCACUAUUUGAGUGGCGAUGCUCAUUUGUGGUGGCAGGCCGCGGUGGGCCGGAGGGCAUUUUGGACUUGGGGCGACUUCCUUGUGGAGUUCAACGCCAAGUAUUUCCCGAGGCAGGCUCGUGAUCGUCUUCAGAUGCGGUUUAUGGGCAUUGAGCAGGGUUCGCGUUCUGUACGCGAGUAUGAUGAGGAGUUCAGCCGUCUGUUAGUGCAUGCGGGCUUUGGUAUGGAGGCUGAGCAUCAGUUGACGAACAGAUUUCUGGAGGGACUUCGCAAGGAUAUUCGGACUCUAUGCAGGAGUAGUAUGCACACUUCGAGGGCGAGUCUGGUAGAGUUGGCCGCGUCGGUGAGGCGGAUCUUGGUGGGCCAGUUGGUCCGGUGGCUGUGCCGUCAGCAGUUGCUUCUGCUACCCAGCCUCGGGGUCAGCAUCAGCAGCCGCGACAGCAGCAGCAGCAGCGCAGAGGUGGUUCGAGUUUCAGUUCUGGUUCUGGCAGGGGCGGUUUGCCUGCGCAGGGUCAGAAGAGGAGUAGAGAGGAGUUUUCUGGUGCUAGUCAGUUUCCUCGUGGUUCGUGUUUUGGGUGUGGGAGCACGGAGCAUCGUGUUUCGAGUUGUCCCAGAGAGGGAGUCAGCACCGAGGGUGUUACUACUGCAAGGAGCCUGGGCAUAUCAAGCCCAUGUGUCCUAA